AUGACCCUAGGAUAUGAGCACUUGUCAACACUUUUUGGAGAAUGUGGAGCCCCGAGGGCCGCCUGGCAGAUUGACCCCUUCGGGCAUAGCCGCGAAUACGCAAGCUUGGCAGCACAGAUGGGCAUGACGUCGCUGUGGUUUGCUCGACUUCACUAUUUGGACCGAUCCCAGCGUCAUACCCAGAAAAACAUCGAGUUCAACUGGGUCGGAAGCGAUGAUUUGAAAACGACAAUCCUGGGCGGUUCCUUCUUCAACCACUACAGCCCUUUGUCGGGCUUUUGCUUUGAUACCGGAUGCAACGACGAGGAAUUGAAUGAUGGUAAUAUCGAUCGGCGAGCCCGUGAAUUUAUGGAUAAAGUCAAAGAUCAGGCCUCCCACUACCGCACCAACAACGUGAUGCUGACGAUGGGCGACGAUUUCCAGUACCAGUCGGCCGGCAAGUGGUUCAAGAACCUUGACAUCUUGAUCAAAUACAUCAAUGCUAAUCCAGCCAUGGGCCUGAAUGUGCAAUAUUCAACGCCAGCCUGCUACGCGGCUGCCCUGCAAUCAACCGGCUCGAUUUUCCAGCCAAAACAGGACGACUUUUUCCCGUACGCCUCCGGUGAUCACAGCUUCUGGACGGGUUACUUCACCUCCCGGCCGACCUUUAAGGGCAUGAUUCGUCAAGCUAGCUCCUAUUUGAAUCUAGCCAAGCAGCUAUCAGCCAAUUUCCUCCUUGACGACGGCCCCGCCCUUGAAAUUGCCAAGCGGGCCAGCGGUCUUGUCCAGCACCACGAUGCUGUCACUGGCACGGCCAAGCAAGUGGUCACCUACGACUAUGCCCAACGACUUGAUAAGGGUAUCCGACAGCUAGAGGUUCUGAUCAACGACGCGCUGAAGAGCGCUUCCGGCGGUGCGGCUCCACCGAAACAUGUGCUAUGUCUGUUGAGUAAUGAAACGAUAUGUGAUGUUAGCAAAGCUUCCGGCUCCUAUGCAGUCAGCAUCUUCAACCCGGUCGGAAAGGCGAUGAGCUCCUUCGUACGCGUCCCUUUCUACCACCCUGUUGCCUCGGUCCAAGACGAUACCGGCACGGCCAUACAGGUCCAGGUGACCGCGGUGCAGUCCAUCCCGACACUGUCCUCUCCGGAUGCUGCCCCUUACGAGUUGUUCAUUCCCGUCCAGCUCGGCCCCGCCGGAUUCAAGACGUUCUUCGUCUCGGGCAGUGGGCUGACUGGAAGACCACUUCCCCCUCUUGCUGCCGUCCCAGAAACAGUCACCCAACCCAACCAAUUCGACGCGGCCGCUAUUGAAAACGAGUUUGUUAAACUCCAAUUUGAUACUAAUGGCUUCUUGUCCUCCGUUCUCGACAAGAAAACUGGUGUUCGCCGAAAUCUGCGGCAAGAAUUCUUCUACUACGAGAGCAUGGGAAACAACGGCCAACCCUCCGGGGCGUAUGUCUUCAGGCCGUUGACGCAGACGGCGAAGAGUUUGGGCACUGUGGUGGCGAUAUCGGCGGUUCAGGGCCCACUUGUCCAAGAAGUUCGCCAAAAGGUCAACGACUUUGUGUACCAAACAGUGCGGUUGUACGCUGGGAAACCGCAGAUCGAGUUCGACUGGGUGAUCGGGCCAUUGCCAAAGGAGGGAAGUAACCCCGUCGGCAAGGAGUUCAUCACUCGAUAUACCUCGGAAAUUGCUGGGAAUGGAAUUUUCUACACAGACUCGAGUGGUCGACAGGUUUUGAAGAGGACCUGGGACUCUUACCCAAUGUUCCAAUACGAGGACAGCGAGCCGGUUUCCGGAAAUUACUACCCGGUCACGAACCGCAUCUUCAUCAAGGACACCAAGAGCCAAAUGACGGUCCUUACCGACAGGUCCCAGGGUGGUACCUCCAAGGAUGGCGCUAUUGAGCUUAUGCUGCACCGCCGUUGCUUCUACGACGAUCACUUUGGGGUGUCAGAAGCGCUCGACGAGCCCGGAAAAGACGGCAAGGGACUGGUUGUCCGUGGACAGCACUGGCUACUCAUCGGCGACGCCGCGACCCAAGCAGCUAUUCACCGUCCGAUGGCCGUCGAGAUGUUCCACCGCCCGAUCGCCGCCUACGCUACGGUCGCCGAUCCUGCCGGCUACCGUAGCCAGUACAAGACAAAAUAUUCCGGCUUGACGGCCUCGCUACCGAACAAUGUGAACUUGUUGACGCUUGAGAAGAGGGGCAAUGAGGUGUUGCUCAGACUCGAGCACAUCUUCCAGUCAAAUGAGGAUUCUCAGCUCUCCCAAGCGGCUACUGUCGAUUUUGGGAAUCUCUUCACCGGCUUCAAAAUCCAGAGCGUUCAGGAGCUGUACCUGGGCGCAAAUCGGAAUCUCACAAUGGGCGUCACCACGCAAGUCACCCUCAAGCCACAACAAAUCCGCACGUUCCGUCUGGCCGUUCAGCCCAAA